GACGUUGGGGGCGGAAGCGGAAGCGGGGCAGCCCGACAGCGGGCAGGACGGAGCUCUUCCGCGGAGCUCGGCGCAGGCUGCCAGCGGGAAGCGGCCCGGCGGCGGGUGACCCGCGUUGGCCUUUCCAGGCCCGGCCCCGCCGCCAUGCCCAGUCCCCGCAGCAGCCGCGAGCGGCGCAGCGCUCGCCCCGAGUUCGCGUCCUUGCUGAGCCAGCGCGGCCCCGGCGCCCCGGAGAGCCCGUCCCGCCGCCGCGAGUCGGCCGGCUCCGCUCCCCCGCCGCUGCCCGAGGAGGACUGCAUGCGGCUGAACCCGUCCUUCGUGGGCAUCGCCCUCAGCUCUCUGCUCGCCGUCGACCUCUGGGCCUCCAAGCGCCUGGGAGUGUGCGCCGGGGAGGCCUCGGCCUGGGGCAGCGCCCGCCCGCUGCUGAAGGUGGUUGAGGUGUCGGGGCACGGCAUCCCCUGGCUGCUGGGCACCUUCUACGGGCUCUGCCAGAGCGACAGCUCGGCCACCAGGGAGGUGCUGCUCAACCUGUUCUUCGCACUGGUGCUGGAUCUCGUGCUGGUGGCAGUGGUGAAAGGGAUCGUCAAACGGCCGCGGCCUACCCACAACAAGAUGGACAUGUUCGUCACCGUCUCGGUUGACAAGUACUCCUUCCCGUCAGGCCAUGCCACCAGAGCUGCCCUGGUCUGCCGCUUCGUUCUGCACCACCUGGUGCUUGCCAUCCCUCUGCGGGUCCUCGUGGUGCUCUGGGUUCUCAUCGUUGGCAUUUCAAGGGUCAUGCUGGGCAGGCACAAUGUGACGGACGUGCUCUUCGGCUUGUUCCUGGGCUACGCGCUGUACAGUGUGGUGGAGUACUUCUGGCUCUCCCCGCUAAACGCGCCUGCCCUGUUUGCACUCUGGAGCCAUUGAUGGCUGCACCCCUCCCAAAGGAGGAGGCAUACACCCUGUUCUCUAAGCGCACGUGGAGAGGGGGUACUGCGACUCAUAUCUGUCCAGCCAACACUUAACACUAGUGGUGCAGCAGGCUCCCAGGCCUGCAGUUCGACACUUGGUGCUGUCUUGCCCUGCUGAUGGGCUGUCAGGCAGAGCAUGUGCUGGCCAAGCAGCUGCACUGUCUGCUCUCCAGUGACAAACCAGUCCCCGCAGAGCCUGGGCAGAGGUCAGCACAUCCAUCUGGCAGCUCACUGCUGAUACUGUGAAUCAGCAUGCCCUUACUGGGCACCUGCUGUAUUAGCCUAUGAUGUACGUGGUAGCAGGGCCUUUGCAGAGGUUUCUCCGCAAUUGCCUGCGUAUCUGUGUGCUGUAAAUACACUGAUCAUGUUGCUGUUGUGAGUGCACCUUGUGCAGUCUCCUCCAUAACACCCAUCUUUGGGGGACUCACUGAGAUCUGUUCCCAUGUUUAUAAAGAGCUCUGCCUUCUAA